UCCUUUACGGUGGGUGACUUAUGGCUGGGCGAGGCAAAGGUCAGGAGAAAAAGCUUAAGGGUGUAUAUGGACACCAGGCAAGCCUCGUUUCCCCCUUUGUUUCACUGGGCUUGUGGAAGGGGGGCGAGAGAGAGAGAGAGCUUUGCAACAAACAGAUCAGAGAAUAUUUGCGCCCCCCCCCGGUUUUGGAUUUCUGCGUGUUGUUCUUGUGGCUGGGCUUUGUUGUGGCUUUUUGUUGUGGUCUGGAUGCUUUAGUGGCCGUUGUUAUUUAUAUCGCCCAACAGAAGCAGGAGAUGACAGAUUCUAGGCUUUUGCUUGUCCUGUUUAUUACAUACCUCUGAUGCUGAUUUAAGUGUGUUUUGGGAAGCGAAACGGGACCGUGAUUCGAGCUUCUUUCUUUCUUUCUUUCUUUCUCUCUUUCUCUCUUUCUCUCUUUCUCUCUUUCUCUCUUUCUCUCUUUCUCUCUUUCUCUCUUUCUCUCUCUCUCUCCCCUAUUCUGGACCUUCAAAUCGAUGAGUAUGCAAUUCUGCUGCCAUUUUAUUUAUGAUGCUUAGUGGUAUUUUGUUGACUGGUGGCCCACUUAACGCGCGACUGGUGGGAUCUUCACCAUUCCAGGAGAAAGAAGCCAGGCGGUUUUCCUGCUCUCCCUGCUCAAUUUUCAAGCUGUUUCCCUGUCUUCUCUCUCUCUGUGUGUGAGAACGGAAUAAAACCAUCCAUCCACACUCCGUUAUAAUCAAUGGGAAUAUUGGAGCGGGGAGGAGGGAGCUGUGGUUGGAUUGAGCAAGGAUCUGGAAAGGAAAAGAGGGCGCUUGAACCUCUUUCUCUCUCCAAAAUCUUUACGUUCGCAUUAGAUUUCCUUUACCUCUCACCAAGUCUUAACCAGCUAUUCAUUCAGUUUUAUGGAGGGAGAUGCACCGCAAAUAAGGGGGAGGGGGAAUGAAAGCACUGCUUGUGUUAUACAAGGGGACAAAUGUUAUAUAAAAUUACAUCCACCACUGAGUCCCAGCAUUGCUAAAGGUCAGAGUGCUGACUUUUGAUUUAUGUUUCCAGUGGGCUUGGGGCAGAGCGCUCGCCUACACGCUGCUUGCGCCUCCUCCCUCUCCCUUCUUACUGCCCAGUUGCAAUUAUUCAAUUCAGGGUUAGAUUUUAGAAUUGGGGGUUAAGGAGCAAAAGCUUCUUCUUCUUCUAUUAUGAAUAAAACUCCCUUAUCUAAAACAGGAUGAUUGUUUAAUUCUAGAAUGUGUCUUGCGGAUAUUGUAUAUUUUCCCCCUUCCCUGAUCUGUUCACCGACCAGAUCCUAAAUUAAUAAAUGAAAAGCAAGCGAAUCCAAAUUUUCCACGCAUCUCUAUAGACAUAUGCACCUCUAUACACUCUUUCAGAUAUAUAUGAAAGAAGUAGGGAAACUAUUUUUUUCCCUUUGGGGAGGGGGGGAGGGAAUUAGAUUUCAAAUAGGCCGAAACCUCUUUGGGAAAAUAAAUAAAUAAAAAUGUAAGUUUUAAUUGUGGCUCAAUUACUUUGUCACGGUUCCUUAUGAUUUAUGACCUAGUUCUGGUGCAUUUUGACCCAGUUUUCAAACAGUCAUAAAUAAUAAGAGUGCUGAACCUGAUAUGAAAAAGGGCUUCCUUGCACAAGUGCUGGAAAGUAAGUAAAUAAUAAUAAAAAUUAUUAUUAUAAAGAUUCUGGUUAAAAUCCUCAGUACAUAUGCUGAGUAAAUACAAAAUGAAGUGUCAAAAGCGGUUAUAUGGGGUUUGAUAAGAUAAACAGUGAUAAGAGACCAAAGAGGCUUCUUCUGCCUUAGGUUGGAAGCGAUACACUUCGGGGAUUGAGAUCCUAAACACCCUUACCGGGAAGCAAAUGCCAUAAAAAGCCAAUGGUACUUACUUCCAAGUAACCAAGCUGAGUUUCGGCGAAUUAAGCGUCUCAGAUUUGCAUUUUAUCAAGACUCUGUACCAAACAAGCCUCUCUCCCUGCAAUUAAUUCAGUUGAGUAGUUCUUCUCGGUGCCUUCUUGCAGUAUAGUUAUUCCGGAGUUCUGAAUAUUUUUCUCUUCCCAGGAAAUAUAUAUAGUUAUAUUUUCUUUCACAAUGCAUUCUGAAAUCUUUGGGCUAUUUGCCGAAAUGAUCGGUGAAACUCCCCUGGAUUUUCUAUCCAGAGAAGAGAAAAUGUUCGUUUACAAACUUCAGCUCCUGGUUCAAAAUGUAGUGUAGUAGCUGUUUGUUGGUUUGUUUGUUUUUCCGGUGAGCAGCCCAUCCCCAGGUUGCAGAAAGGGUUUUCAGGGGAGGGAGGGGCAUCUUGAGAUAUUAAUUUAUUCCCCAGUAUAAUCCAGUUAACUGGAAACAUAUUUAUGCCGCUUGACUCCCAAUGGCAUAAAUCCAAAUAUCGUCGCUUCUUAGCAGGGGGAGUAUUAGGCAACAGCAGCCAUAUAAAGUAAAAUUAAGAUAUAUAUUUUUUAAUGAUCAGGUUGGAUAGAGAAAGGAUACAAAGCCUAGAACAGAAUUCGGGAUGGGGGGUAUUUUCACUUAUUAAAUUAAAUAGCCAGUUUAAUUUAAAUAGUCAGGGCUUAGAAAUCUACCCCCGCUUCCAACCACACAUCCUUUAUCCGAUUUACUUCUAAGGUGAAAUAUGUUAUCUCUGCAUCAGAAUAUUGCUCGCCACAAAAUUAUCCUAAAGUACUGUAAUUCCGAAGUGUGACAGAGCACUCCCACCUCGCCAUCGCUGCUGGGAAUCCUAAGACUGCCUUUGUGGCAAGUGGGGUGCGCGCGCGGUGGAUACCCGGACCGUCUUCUGUAAUUUGUUCCGGAGAGGGUUUCUCUCUCUGCCACCCGCCUUGCUCCCCACGCAAAUCCUCCCCCAGUUUCUUAGCCGGCAUCUUGUUCUUUUUUUGGUGGCUAAAAAAAAAAAAGGAAGAGUGUAGCAUCAGCAGUUUCCAGAAGAAAAGUACGAGGUUGAUUAUUGACCAAAAGAGGCGUUUUCUCUUCUAGCGCAACUUUCAAGGGGUUGUUUGUAGCAAAAAAAAAAUGCCUACCAGUGAAUUUUUUUGGGGGGCCCCCUCCUACGCUGCUCAGCUUUCCCCUUUCAAGUUGGGAGCCGCCGCGAUCUGCUGCGAGGAGCAAGUGUUUUCUGUUGUGAAGCUCUGUUUACAGCUUGGGCGCACGAAGUCAUAAAUCUUGCCUAGCCAUAAAUGACAAAAACCAUUGGUAUGCGUAAGAGGCCACCCUGGCCUUAGAGUCCUUGUGUGUGCAUGUGUUUAAAUAUCCUCUUUCUUCCCCUCCUUUUGCUUUGUUUCGGCUUUAAGGUGACAUUGCGGUUUAAAGGGAGCCCUUUGUAUUUCUCACACCUUGGGUUUUAUCGAAAGCAUGUCAGGUUCACACCUAGGCUUUAUCCAAGCGCACCGCGGAAGGUCUGAAGCGCCGAGCGGCUCCUUUGUGUUGCCUUGGAAGAGCCUUGAUGCUCUCCGUAGGUCCAGCGUGGUUUUGGUUUUUUGUUUUGUUUUUGGAACUCAGAAGCAUUCUGCUGGCUAAACCUCGCGACAUUUGGUUUGGUGGUUGGAAGGGAAUAAAGAAAUGGUUAGGAGAAGGGAGAAUAGGACAAAGACUAAGAGGGGGGCGGCGGAAGAGAACUGAAGUUCACAGAACCAAACAUCCACGCCCAUCAACAUGCAACCACAACAUUACAUAUGUCUGUGUGCGCAUUUUUUACUAAUGCGCACGGAGAGGUGUGUCUUUAUGGGUGAAAAGUCGUUCACGCUAGCCUCUCUGAACGCAUUUACAGAGGUCCUCCACGCACACCUAGGCUUCAGAAAGUUUAGGAGCCCCUCCGAAUUAUUUAGAACCCGAGACCCAUUUGUUUCUGCCGCGGAAGGAUGCGCAUCCUCCCCAUUCGAUCCUAACGAUGUUUGCUCGCCAGCAAACCCCGUCAAUUUCAAUUCGAUCGGCUUUCACCUAAGCACCCUUUAGGAGUAGGUUUGCCUGUCUCAGUUCCAUUGAUCUGAACAGAGACAAACAUGCCAGCAAUUCGGUUCUAAAUGGGAACGGAGUCUUUAUGGGAGUGACAUCCCAUUUGCGCGGGAUUCAAUGGCAAAAAAAGAAAUCGCCCCUCGGUGUUGAAUCUUUGCGGCUUGUUUGCGUACCACGGUCGCGUGGGUAUCCCGCAUCCAGUUGCGCGCGUUAAUGUAAGCCAUGGGGGAGGGCAUAUUUGUGUAGAUGCGUCCUUACAUGGGCAUCUGGCUGCGGUUGCCUAUCUCGGGUGAGCGCGCCCGUUCAUCAUCCCGAAAUGUCAUUACUUUAAUCGUUCCUUUGAAACGCUGUCUAGAUUGGCCUGGGUGGUAGACAGAUCAGAGGGCUCCUGGUUUAUUACACGGGGAGCAUCCGAGUCUUGCAGGAGUUCCAGGUUUCGACCCCUUCUGCACGUCCAAAAGAGUCCAUAUCUACCAUAAGCACGUUCAUAUAAUGUGGAAAUACGCACGCGCGCACAUAUAUAUCAACAAUCCGGUCUAGGGAGGGUGACCCCUUUGUGAGCAUCCUUUGUCUUCAUUUGCAUAAUUUCCCUGGCCUUCAGUGCCGCCCCGGCGCUUCCCUCCCUCCCUCUUUCUUCUUCCUCCCCUCCCCCCCCACUCUGCUCGCCUGCCUGCCCCGGACUUCCCGAGGCAGCUGCCUUACCCCCCCCUUCAAACAAACGCCCCCUUGGGCGCACAAAGAUUUCAGAAGAAACAUCCCUGCUGCUUUUUCCCCCCUGUAGAAAAUCUGGUCAAGGUGGGAGAAGCCGGGCUCCGGUAGCCUGGGGAGGCUCUCGAUCGAGGCCAGGCCCCGAGGAGCGUGGGGAGGUGGAGGUAGGGGCUGGAGCGAAGUAAAGGCUCGCGCGGGUCGAGGAGGGGCGGGUGGCUCUCCGUCAGAGGCGAGCUGGAGAAAGAUCCCCUUGCGCGCGUGCCCUCUUCCUGAUCAAGGCAGGGCUGCUCCCAUCUGUACUCGUGGGCUCGUCCUGGUGGAGAUGAGUUGAGCUGAGACCCAUCCCGGAGAAGCUGAGGGGCUUGCUUGGGGAGGGGAGGGGUGGGGAACUCGCGAGGUGGAGUGGGGGGUAGUGGAUUGAGGAGAAGAGAGUCGUGCUCCCAGGGCUGGCGGGGAGCGACUGUCGCCGAGCCUCCAAAGAGCAAAAUGCGGGCUUCCGCCUCAGUCGUCAGAAGUUAAGGUCUACCAGGACGGGCCAUUGGAGGAAAAACGUCACGUGACAGAGGGGUGCCAAUGUUAUUCUUUAAGGGUGUCAAGACCCUGUCAGUUUGUGAAAUAAAUAUUGGGAAACAACGAAAUGCAAAAAGCGACCUACUACGACAGCUCUGCGAUCUAUGGCGGCUAUCCUUACCAAGGAGCAAAUGGUUUCGCUUACAAUGCUAGUCAGCAGCAAUAUCCUCCUCCGCCUCCCUCUUCCUCGCUGGUGGAAACGGAGUACCAUCGACCGGCCUGCUCUUUACAGUCCCCCGGCGGCGGCGGCAACAACACCACCGUGUCCCACCACAAGGCCAAUGAAAUCAAUGAGAGUUGUAUGAGGACCCUCACCAGCCAGUCUCUCCAGCCCCCAGUCCUUUCAGAGCAGCCUCAGCAGCAGCCUCCAGCCCCACAGCCAGCACCACCACCUCCACCCCCCUCUGUGUCACCACCUCAGAAUGCCACCACUAAUUCAGCCCCGCCUAGCGCCACCAAGAGCUCCAUCUUGAACUCGCCCACCAUGUCCAAGCAAAUAUUCCCCUGGAUGAAAGAGUCUCGGCAAAACACCAAGCAGAAAAACAGCGGCUCCAGUUCAGGUGAGAGUUGUGCUGGUGAUAAAAGCCCCCCAGGGCAAGCCUCCUCUAAAAGAGCCCGCACGGCUUACACAAGUGCCCAGCUGGUAGAACUGGAAAAGGAGUUUCACUUCAAUAGAUACCUUUGCAGGCCAAGAAGGGUUGAGAUGGCUAACUUGCUCAACCUCACGGAAAGACAGAUCAAAAUAUGGUUUCAAAACCGCAGGAUGAAAUACAAAAAGGAUCAGAAGGGCAAAGGCAUGAUGACCUCUUCAGGAGGACAGUCCCCCAGCAGAAGUCCUGUCCCUCCGGCCGCUGGUGGAUACCUGAACUCUAUGCAUUCCCUAGUAAACAGUGUUCCAUAUGAACCCCAGUCACCGCCAUCCUUCAGCAAGCCUCAUCAGAACGCCUAUGGCAUCCCUACGUCAUAUCCGGCUCCUCUCAAUAACUGCCCGCCUCCACAAAAGAGAUAUACCGGAACUGCAGCAGUGACUCCUGAAUAUGACCCUCAUCCUCUUCAAGGGAAUGGCUAUGGCAAUCCACAUAUACAGGGAAGCCCCGUCUAUGUUGGGGGCAAUUACGUGGACACCAUGGCAAAUUCUGGGCCUUCCAUCUUUGGUCUGACUCACCUCCCUCAUCCUUCCUCUGCCAACAUGGACUACAGUGGGCCAAUGGGCAACAAUCAUCACCAUGGACCGUGUGACCCACACCCAACCUAUACAGACCUUACUUCUCACCAUCCUUCUCAGGGAAGAAUUCAGGAAGCGCCCAAACUGACCCAUCUGUAAUAUACCAUCAGUUACUUAGUGGAUCAUAAAACUCCCCCAGCCUUUUUUAAAAAAAGAAAAAGGGAAAAAGAAGGAAAAGAAAAGAAAAAUACUUUAAAUCCCCCCCUGCCCUUUCUGUUUUGCUUCUGUUUUAUUUUCUUUUGGUAAAAAGGAAAAAAAUGCAUUUUCUAGUUUAUGUGACGUAGCAAUAUCUGUUGCUUGAAUUGCUCCCUAGUUUCAAUAGUGGAUAUUUAUCUCCUUGAACUCUUUGCCUUGUGUUCUCCCUUUGAGAGUAUACAUAGGCUUUCUACUCUUAACUUCAACACUUUUAUCAAAACAGGGUAUAUGAACAAAUUUUCUAUACAGACGGUUCUUAAAUGUGAAUUUGUUCGUACAGAAUCGAUCCCAACCGGGGAAGCAUUUUUAUUUUAAUUGCACUUCUUUUAAAUAGCGAGAAAGAAAUAAAAAGGCGCUUGAACAGGGGCUCUCUGAGCGAACUUAUUAAUACGUGUACGUCUUUCAACGUGUGUAUGCUGGUGAACUUUCAGAUUUAUUUAUAUUUUUUGCAAACUUUGAAUAAUCUAAGUGUUUAAUUUUUUUUAUUUAUCCCCAUCUGUUCAUAUUUAUAUAUAUAAAUAUAUUAAAAAAUAAAUAAACUUCUGUACCCUGAAUAUUCAGGAGAUAUUUACCUGGCUGUAUGUUAAAUGACAUACGUAGGAAAUAUCAUUUGAAAGGGGGGAAACUUAAACUCCUUUAUUUAAAAAGAAGAAGGAAAAAAAUGCAAUAAAAUCUGGAAAAUAAACAGCAGGCCACCACAGAAACAGAAAUGGGUGCCUGUUAACAUUGAACUAAAAGGAAAUGUGUAAACCUGAACGAGAACAACACAAAGCUAGAUUUUGUUUUGAAAGUUAUACAUUCCUUGCUGCUCACAUUCUGGAAAAAAAAUAAAGUUUUUAUUCUGAAUAA